GAGAGGACGGAGACCCCGGGCAGGGAUCAGGCAGGAUUGGACCCCCGGGAUUUGGGGGGCAGCCUGGGCUGUGCUUGUGGGGGGCUCGGGUGGGCCCAGCCCUGCCCUGCUGGGCUGUUCCUGGAGCUGUGAAGCAAGAGGAGGGCUGGCUGGCAGCGAUGUCGCAGUGCACGGAGCUGGAAUGGGCCGUCCAGGUGCUGGUGAACAACUUUGACAAGUACUCGAGCCGCUGCUGCUGCUGCAAGAAGCCGCGGCGCAUCAGCAAGAAGGAUUUCCGCAAGAUGCUGAGCCGGGAGCUCAACCACAUGCUGACGGACACCGGGAACCGCCGCGCAGCCGACAAGCUCAUCUGCGACCUGGACGAGAACAAGGACGGGCGCAUCAGCUUCGACGAGUACUGGACCUUGAUAGGCGGCAUCGCCAGCCCCAUCGCCCAGAUCAUCCGCCAGCAGGAGCAGAGCAUCAAAUUCACCAAGUAGCCGCUGCACAGGACCCUCCUGGACCCCCCUGCUUCUCCACGACCCCCCCCGCUUUGUGCCCUCUCCGAGCCCCAGCUCGCCCCGGGCCACCUCGGCUCCCCAGGGCUCUGCCGACCGAGCCGUGCCGGGCUGUGACGGAGGCGGGACGACCCUGUGGGUGGGAUUUGGGGACGCGAGGCUCCUCCUCGCCGUGCCUGCCCUGCCCUCCUCCCCUUCCACGAGCCCUGUCGGGCGAGAAGCAAAGGAAGAGGUUUCUCCUCAUGUGGGACCCGAGUUCUGCCUGUUCUCAGAGCUCCGCUGGCAGAACCCCCGUCACAGCCGGGACCCCCCUCUCCCCUUGCAGCUCCCCCUCAGAGCGGGGGGUCUUCCUGGGCAAAGGGGGCCUUUCCCCGUGCCCGGGCUGGUGGAGGGAGUAUCCCGGCCGGCGCUCGGGGCUCGGCGCGGCCCCCUCGGGUGACACCCCCGUGGUUAUUUAUUGCGGCAAUAAAAUCCGGAGGAGCA